AUGGAAGGGUCUAGAUGCAAGUCAUACAGGGAUGGAGAGACGCAGCAGAAGAUUGGAGGAGGAGGUCCAAGCAACAUGCAAGACCUCAAAUGUCACAGUGCCAAUUACGCCGCCAACUCGGUUCGACCAAAUCAGAUCAAUAAGAUGAAGAAAAGCAAAAGCUCUUCUUCUUCAAAAACAUGGACAUUCAAUCAUCCCGAGCUGCAGAGGAAGAAGAGGGUUGCUGCUUACAAGGCUUAUGCGGCUCAAGGCAAGAUGAGCAAGAGUUUUAUGUGGCUCAAAAACACUUUCCUCUAUGCCCGGAGGUGA